CGGGGCUAUAAGCGGAAGUGUGUCUCGGCUGAUCUCUCGCUGUCAUUCGGCCACGGUCGGUUCCAGGAGAGAGGGGCAGCCAAGAAAGCAAGCACAGGAAUCGGCUAGCUCUGUAAGGAAAGCGAGAAAAUCACCUGAAAACCGAGCGAACAAUGAAACCGAUCUAAUAAGACUUGUGAGAGAACCGCGGCUGAGCAUAUUUAACCCACUGCCACGGUGAAAUUAAAGAGUCCAGAUUAAAGCAGCAGAUAGAGAGAGAGAGCUGUGUCAUUGAGCAGGCAGGACACGUCAGGAGAAGAGAGAGAGAAAAAAACGAGCUGACCGACUGCACUGGACGAGUCAGCUCUUCAACCUCCUCUGAAAAAAAGCUUCACCAGACUUCUUCAAGGACACCACCUUUUCUCCACCCGAGGGGAGGAUCUCCACUGAGACAUCGCCGAGGUCGAAAGCGGUGAUCAGAAGGUGACGAGGAUUUUAAUUCGCUCUAGUUUUUCACCCCUGUCCAGCUAGCUAGCGUUCGCUGCUAACGGUUAGUUAGCUAGCGUUAGCAACGGUUGGGAAUGUUAGCCGGUGUUGCGCCGUAGAUUGCACCCCUGCCGAACGCACCCCUGCGUCUCCUGCAUCCUAUCCGCUCGUUAGCUUCUUAAAAGUGGAAGAAAAUGAUCUCAUAUUGAAGAAAACACGAUUAUUAAAUCGUGACAACAUGUGAAAUGAGAAGCAAACUUGAGUUCUGUUCUUAUGUGUCUCAAAAAUGCACAUAUAGAGGCGUACAUGGGUAUUUAAACUGUACAGUUAGCAGUCAAGGUAGAGGACAUUAUAUUUUCGUAUCAGAGGGGUGUUGUUUUCGGUUUAUCUGAAUAGUCUGAAUGAAAUUAUCAAAGGUACACGCUUUUAAAUCCACCCAACGGUAAGAAAAACUUGGAUUAUAUCGCCUUGUUAGGUACUUUAACAGCCGCGCUCCCGUCAGGGGGUGCAUUCGGCAGGGGUGCAUUCUACGACACAACACCGGGCAGAGCUAGCGCGUCCAGGGGCUUUAAACGACUGUUUCCUAAUGUGUAAAAAUGUAUUACAGAGCAAAUUACAUGAGAUAUCAUUGACUGGGUGUAGCAAAACCAACGUUUAACUCUCCUGCUGUACGUUUUUGAAGAUGGACUCUCUAUAGAGUCCUGACAGCUGUCAAACAAGGUCGAGAUAUCAACGGUUGCUAUAUUUAACAUUUGCGAGUAUGUAGCCGCUCUAUACACGGUCAUAUUCAGCUUAUUUAAUCGUGUGUCACGGUUUUUUUACUUGCUGGAGUAAAACAUGUCCAAAUAGAGAAUGUGUCGGCUUGACACAAGCGGUAUUUGAAGCUGCCAGCAGCUCAGCUGUAGCUUUACAAGCUGUCAACGUCACGGGGUUAUAAUUAGCUAAAGAUGUAACCUUAACUGGUUGGAGACUUUUCAACCGCGAGUAACCAGGGUUAUAAGGGAAUAUUGUUCGGCGUAAGAAUGAGCUCAUUCAUGACGAUAUUGUGGGAUAAUCAUAUGUUUGAGGAUUCUCUCAGGGAGCAGAGAGAGAGAGGGAGAAACUGUCAUUGGAAAAUAUCAAUAAUCAUGGUCUAGUUGUUUCUAAAUCACUUGAUCUAUAGGGAAGAGUGGGGUAAGUUGAGCCACCCUCUGUUGCUUUGUAAUCAUCAAAGAAAUUAUCAUGUGACCAAAUAUUUAGGAGAUGGGCAUCAAUUCAUGAAGUCUGUGAAGGUUAGAAACACAUGGGUGAAGGGGUUAGACAUUUAUUUACCAAAAAAAACAUUUUUCAGUCUUGCAAGUGAAUUUAGUCUGUCAUAAGCUUUAUUAGAAUUGUGUUCAGACCUAAAAAGAUAAUUUCAAAUUAGUUUUGUACACCAAUUGUGGUAUCUGCGAGCGACAACAUGAGGUUAAAUUCUAACAUUAAAGUCCACCAUUUUAGAUUAGAGGACUAAUAAAGUCAUAUUUAAUGUAGUGAUCCGAAAUAUGAAAAAUGGCUCAUCUUAACCCACUCUCCCCCUACUCCAAAGAGAGGUGCUGAAUGCUAACUCAGUGCAUGCCAUCCUGUGUGUUCUUCUCUCAAUAGGACCAAACGAUCACGGGAUAGCAUUUGUGUGUGGGGGGAGAAAACAAAUGGGGGAUUACGGGUUCGGAGUCCUAGUUCAAAACAACACUGGCAACAAGUCUGCAUUCCCGGUCCGAAUCCACCCGCAUCUGCAGCCCCCACACCACCACCAAAAUGUGUCGCAGAGCCCUGCUGCUUUCAUAAACAGCACCACAGCCGCGGGGAAUGGCACCACAGGAGGCUCUCCCUGGCUUUUCCCUGCCUCUGCCACCCACAACAGCGUGCAAGACGAAAUCUUGGGGGGCCCGGAGAAGCCCAAAGCACAGCAGCAACAGGAAAUGCAAGAAACGCAAGAAAAGCAGCAGCAGUUGUCCCCUGGGAGUCACCAGGAGGGUGGAAGUGGCGGUGGGAUCAUUUCAGAACUGGAAAAAGCCCGGUCAGAGGAAGUCAAGACGGACAGCAGUGUGUCUGAAGGAAGUAACGGGAAGGAGAAGCAGCUACGCCUCGAGUCCCCUGUCCUGACAGGUUUUGAUUACCAGGAGACUUCUGGUCUCGGGGGAACUGGUCCUGUCCAGUCCAGUACAACCUCUUCAUCACUUACUGGCUUCAACAACUGGUCAGCCGCCAUCCCACCGGCGCCAUCAACCAUCAUAAAUGAGGAUGUCAGCUUCUUCAACCCGGCCUCAGCUAACAAUGGGCCCCUGCUAUUCCAGAACUUCUCACACCAUGUCAGUCCAGGCUUUGGUGGGAAUUUCUCCCCCCAGAUUGGACCGGCAGCAGCCUUGUCCCAACACCACCCUGCUCCCCCACCACACCCCCAUUUCCAGCAUCCCCACAACCAACACCAGCAGCAUCGGCGCUCCCCUGCCUCCCCACACCCUCCACCGCCGUUUCCGCACAGAAAUCCUGCUUUCAGCCAGUUGCCGCAUUUGUCUAACAGCCUGAACAAGCCCCCGUCCCCUUGGGGUCCGGCCAGCUACCAGAGUCCCUCUCCUUCCCCCGGCUCCUCCACCUCGUGGAGUCCCGGAGGAGGAUAUGGCAGCGGUGGCGGCGGCUGGGGAGGAUCUCAGGGCAGAGAUUAUCGCCGAGGGCUGAAUGGUGGAAUGACCCCCAUCAACUCUAUCUCCCCACUGAAGAAGACCUUCCCUAACAACCAUGUGGCGUCCCAGAAGUACCCUCGAAACAGUCCUGCGGGCUUCAACCCGAAGUCCUGGAUGGAUGAUGGUGUCGGACGCAGUGAUAACAUCUUCCCCUUCCAGGUUAGCUCACCUGAGAUCAUUCAUUGUAUGAUUGUUCAAGAAUUCAUGCACCUUUAUAUUAACCAAAACUGUAUUUUUUUUUGUGUGCGCUCUGUUUUCAUGCUUUUGUUAUCUCAUGCGGCAGCGGUCGCCCGCUGCCUGAAUGAUUAAACAUCAGGGUGUCAUUCAUGUAAGCUGUUAAUUUUAUUACAGUACGUGGUAUCGCUUCUAUUUUUAGAAGUGGGGGAAGGGCAAGGAUUUACAUGAUGCAUUUGGUACUGUGUUAGCUCAGAAAUCAGUCCUUGGGCUCUGUAGUUCCACAGCUGUGUGUCCCUGAUGAUGACUAAUGUGGCUCUGUCACUGCAGUGGUGUGUGCCACAUACGCGAGCUGAGGCAGGGGGUUUGGGUAGUGGGGAUAAAGGCGUCGUAGAUGGCUGAAAAAAAGAUGGUGAAAGGGAUAUGGAAAUGAAAGGAUGGCUACAAACAGAGAAAAAGAGAGAGUGCUAUGAGAGCGAUCAGAGGAAUGGAUGAAGACUGACAGAGGUUAAGAUGUGAAUUAGAGUCUAGAUGCAUCCGUGAAAGGGAAGUCAUCAUGGGAUUUAUUUCACACUGGCCAAGAGCAAAAAAAAAAGGACACGGGGGUAAUAGUAUGAAUUGAUGGCCCGAGUCUAAUGCCUAAUGAUUUUUCAGGAUUACCGCUUUAUUAAUCACCCAGGUCGCGGCGGCCAAAGCCUAGCUACUGGUUUUCAAAAUGCCAGCCUAUUCAUGGUGUCAUUUUCACAGUCGGGUCCACACCAAAUGAAGAUGACACAAAUAAUUGUGUUAUCACAUGUAAAAAAAAAAAAAAUCAAAUGAUAGGAUUGAUGUAGAGGGGUAAAAGGAGCACAGAGAUAAAUUCAUUUUAUUGAUCUACCUCAUGAUUGAUUGGGUUGGCUGUUACAAAGAGGAGGGGGGUGCUGUAGGCUCUUCAGGCCCGGUGACCUGAUGAAAGGCUUUUUGAAAUGCUUUACAUAUCCUCCACCUUUUUACCUUUGGAUUAGAUCCUCUUCUUGGUUUGUCAAAUUGACUUAUGGUCGGUUUUUGACGCGUGGCUGCCUUCAGCUACACCGUGAUGUGUAUGUAUGGGGCAAGUCAAAGAAGUUUAGUUUGGUGACUUCCUUACGACAAUCAAAUUAACUCAAUUCUACAUUUAAAGGCAAUGCUUCAUGUGACCUUUUCACAUUUAACGUUAUCUUUGCACUCUAUGUCAGUGAUGACUCACAGUGUAAAAAAGGGCAAUCUGUAAAGAAGUUGUUCCGACAUGUCUGAACAUGUCUCUCUUUUCUUCUGUUGUAUAAGCAGUGAAGCUUUCCUUUGAGCAGUUACAUAUACCAUUAGCUAACAGCCCUAUUAUUGUACAUAGUCACGGGUUCAGGUUCAAUUCAGGCCAGAUCUUAAUCAUUAGGGUCUUAUCCUAAUCCAUAAUAUUGUGGAAUCAUAUAAUGGUAAAUUCAGCUUUUACAAGCAGCUUACUUGAGUAGAAAUUCAUAACUUCUCAAGCAAUACUAAAUGAGGACAAAUACUAAUAAAGUGAAUACAUAGAAUUAGCUGCUAGAUUUAUUGGCAAAAUGUUCUGUAACGUGAAAUCUACCUUUCAGUUAUUGGUAGAGUUAAGGCAGCUGCUCUUUCUCGUGGUUGAAUUAGAUCAGCUAAAGCAGUGCUGUCCUCUUGCCCUCUUGAUACUGCUAAAGCAGAUGGAGGAUGGGCACUGCCUGGCUUUAGCUGUGGUGCGUGUUAAUUGAUUAUUAUCUACUAGAAUAAAUGUACAGGUCUAGAUUAGAAGUGCAUGCAAUUGGCAGUUAAGAUAAGAGUACACUUAAACUCAUCAGUAGUAGGACUGUAUGUGGAGUGUCUCGGUCGUCUUCUGUAUCUCUAGAGUUUGGAGUCACAGUUAUGCAUGUGUUGAUGAUUUUCAAAUAGAACAGACUUGUUUGUGCCUUGCUUCGUGUCCCUAAAAAGCCAUUGUUUUGCCAAUAAUCACAAGACCAACAGAUGCCUGGAUUAAUGUCCUUUCUAAGUAUCGCCUGAUGUUGCACAAUGCAACCAUACACCAUUUGGAAAGGAGGUUUUUUUCUUCUUACUAAGGUGCUUGUUUCCUUCUGUAAGAAUGCAACAAAUUAUGAGCUACAUAUAAUCUAAACAGCAUGUAGCCUUUAAAGAAUUGGAUCAGUAUUGUCUUUUCAUUAAAGCCCAGCUGCGAUGAAAAUCAUGUUUUUCUUGUUACAUGUUCAUACGGCACUUUUCUGAGAAAAGUUAGUGAGAAAUGAGUAUUUUUGCUUUCCAGUCACUGUGAACCUCCAGCAGACCCAAACGGCAGGUUCAGAUACAGUGAGAUUUGCUAUGUCACAACUGCAAGCUCCGCCCCAAUAGCCCUGCUAUGCAGGCCAGACUUGAAGAAGCAGAGAGGACGAUUGUGAAACAAGCGUGUCAGCAGAUUGCUAUGCUCGUGAGAAAGCUAAUUAUGACAUUAACUUUCAUCAUGUCCGAGAGCUGAAUAGCUCCAAUGUUACUGCCACUUCUACUACACUGGCAAUGUUAGGCUACAAGCUAACGUGAAGAGGAAUGAGCAGAGCUGUCUCAGCCCACAACUCAGAGGUGAAGUGCUAAUGAGCUAUUGGAGCUCUGCAGAAGAAAUACUGCAUCAGAGUUUCCUCGGAAGUCAGAUGUCGAAGCUGAAAAUGAUGUCACACCUGAGUUCCCAGCGAGUAAGUUACCAAGUCGAAAAAAAAGCGAAAUUGGAGGCCUGAAACAAGAUGGCUGCAUCUACCAAAGUUAUUUUAGGGCUUUCUUACACAAGGCGAGCGCUAAAAUGAAUUUCGUAGAUGUAGCUAUCUUGUGUCCACCUCAGAUUUAGCUUUUUUCCGACUUUGUGACUGAAACACUGGGAACUUGGGUGUGACGUCAUUUUCAGCUCGGACUACUGACUUCCACGGUAACUUGAAUGCAGCAAAAAGCCCUUGAAAAUGACACAGGUAACGUGAUAUAGGCUAAAAACUUCAUCAUCUCAAUUUGAAAACCACUGAGAACACUUUAAGUAGUAAAAAAAAAUGAUCGGAGUGGGACUUUAAUUCCUAUGGUGUUGCCUUCCUCACUUCUUCUGACCAAACCACUCAACCCAUAGUUUGUUUUGGUUGUUAGACAAUGGCACAUGUUAGAUGCUUGUCAGUGCCAGUCAAAAUCAGAUGACUGAUGACACAUGUUGCCUCACACAAGUGGACAAGCCCUCCCAAGGUUUGGUAAUUAAAAUAGCAUUGUUGUUGUGAACUAAAAGGACCCCAUGAGGAACUGUUGUCACAAUGUUUCUAUAUAAGCCAUCUCCAACUGCUUCACAUAGUUCCCAUUUUAGCACUGACACAACAAAUGGAGGACUGCAAGCUUUUGUUGUAGAGUCCCCACGGUUCUAUCAGUAUAAAACCAAAGUUAGAUUAUCAUAGUGUCCAUGUCUCCAAACACGUAAGUAUUAGAUGAUACUGCAACAGUCAACUCCACAGAGACAAAGCAGAUGGUUGGCUCCCAUAAAGUCACAGUUUAGUAGAAUUUGGACUCAGUUUCUUGUCUGUAGAAAAGGUACAUCCAGUGAAAUGAUAUGUGUUGGUCAGAUAAUACACCGGCCAUUUUCUAAUACCUGGACCCAGUCUGCACAAGGUAAUAGAAAGUGGUUUAUUUGCCUCAGGGUGACAUUCAUAUGAGAAAAUGAGGUGAUGCAAUUUGACAGCAGGGCAAAAAUAUUUUCAGCGUAUAUUUCAUUUGAAGUUUUUUUUCAAAGCACCACAACAUGAAAAGGGAGAAAUUGUUUCAGUACUGUGGCUUUUGCUGCAGCAGGCAGAGCCCCUGCUUUAUUCCAACAGCUUUAGUAUUUAGGUUGGGCUCCAGGCCAGGCACACUGCUGCUAACCGCUAAUACACUGGUCAGCUGGUCCUCAGCCUCCAAACAGAAAUUUGUCAUUUAGAAAAGCAAGAAAUGACGUUUUAUUUGUUUUCUUUCAUUUAGUCAAGAUCUUGAAAUGUGUUAGUUAAUGGGAUGCAUUAUGAAGAAGACCAGUCUAAAGGAACUACUUGGGUGUCUCUAUCCGGAUCUCAGCUCUCUGAUUGGAGCAAAUUAAUAUAGUGUGGGUACUGAUGGAGAAGGCAGUUGGGGUUUCAUCACUCUAGUGCAUCACCUCCCUUGGUGAUGCAGGUUGCGAGUGCAGCUACAGUUGAUGUGACUCCACACCCAGAUGGUCCUUAAUCGAGAACAGACCGCGGACCAGGGAAUCAAGACCAUGAAAAGCACACUACAAGGCUGCGGACUGACGCUUGGCCCGGAUUGAAACUGAGUCACCGUACUCAGUUGUGACAUUGUCGGAUCUUAGAUUUAAAGACAGGCAAGUCAAGCAUAAAUAGUUUGUCAUGUAAACAAACAAGGACUGAAAAAGUGGUCAACGCUGUUAUCAAGGCAGUGGUAGAUACUCAGUGUUGAAAACUGGAUUGGAACAGGAGACCAGAGAAGCUGAUCGGGACCUACUGCAGUUUAGAGCAAUAAAUAAACCAAACCUUCUUGUCUUGGACUGUGGGAGAAAAGUAGAGCAGUGGGGGUAGAGCCCUGCAGUUUCCCCUCUCUCCUUGUUUUGUCAGUUCUCACCUGCUGCUGUGUCAGGUGUACUGCCCUGAUACGGAUUGGUAAAUUUGGCCGGUGGCCUGCAGGGCCUGAAGGCAAGUGAGCCAGGACAGGAUAUUGUCUCAGUAAGCUACUUGGGUAACUGUUGGUUACAGCUCCCCCCCUCUUACUGUUGUUGUAGCUUAUGUAUCCUGCAGCCCUUUAAAUGCUGGUAUAUGAGGGUGCGUUAUGAAAGAGAGUCAGAUGUUGAGCACCUGUUUUCUCAGUUGUACCUGCUUUAAAAGUUGGAGAAGGUAAGAAACCUCGCUGUGAACUUAUGCUCGACUCCUAUAAUGUGGACGAGUUCACUUUGAAACAAAAAGCCUCUUUCUUAUUUGCUCAGCUUCCCUCUCACGUUCAUGACUUGUGCAUGCAUGUGCUCUUAGAUGCCUGCGUGUCUACAAACAAACACUCAAGACCGUUAAGCCUGAGGUUUUAGCAAUUACCCAUGGUCCUUGUGACUUUAGUGCUAAAUGAGAGAAAUGUUUUUAGACUAAUGAGCGGACUGAGCGGUGCUGGCAAGCGCAUAACUCUGCUGCUCAUACAGCCUCAUUGUGCCCUUCUCACACCCUUGACAGAAGCUCUGAAACAGGAAGAAAAAGAGCUUGUGUGCAUGUGUACGUGUGCGCACAUACUCGUGUGUGCAUGAGCCCUAAUUAGUCCCUGGCCUAUGUCUCUUGCACAUGUGUCUUAACAAAGGAAGAAGACAAAGCAGAGUCUAUGUGGAGGUGUCAUGCUGUAUUUAGCCCAGCUCAUUGCAUACAAUAAAGGUCUAAUCCCCAAGUAGUGCAAAUACUGCUGGACCUGACCACACUACUUCUGUCAGCCCUGUUACAUACUCGCCAUUCAGCCCACUCUCGGUAAUCGGUUGUUUUCGACAGUUGGGGGUAUUUAAUGUCAUAGCAAGCCUUUGAAAGACUUUGACCAGGAAGAAACAUAAUCUCAAGCAUCAAAGCUCAACCUGCUUCCCUUUCCUGCCCUCCUUUCUUCUCCUUUUGACUUUACCUUACCUCACCGCUCGCUUUCCCUCUCUCCAUCAUCCCCCUCUUUCAUCUGCCAUUUUCCCCUUCCUGUCACUGCGUAAGGCUUCCCCUCUCUCCCUGUUGUCUCCAGCAUGUGAAUUAAAGCACAAAAAUGUGAAGAAAACAGCAUUUUUCCCACUAUUGAAUGCAAACUGGAUUAGGGGGAAAAUAGCUGUACCCUGUAAGAUCUCAUUCUGCACCCAUGUAUCUUCAUGUUCCUUACCCUGUUGCGUUCCACAAUCCUUCACCAUCCCAUAACUUCCAUUUUUCAUGAACAGGCCAGUGACAUGGAAGAUUAAUGCUCGAAUUAAUCACCCCCAGCAUGCUGUCUUCAAUUAUUCCUUUCUUCGCUAAACGUCAUCUGAAUCUGAAGAAGGCUGUCCUGUCUGCUUUGUGGCGCAUACGAUUAAACACCAUGUAGGCUGGGAUGCAUAUGUUGUGUCAAAUCUGGGCCAGUUCUGCUGUUCCAACCCUUAUUUCCCUCAGCAGUUAAUUUGAUGCAGUUCCAAAAGGUUUUGCUUAAUAAGGAUGGUAUAGAUGCCCAUUAGCGCCCUUUCACUGCAGUGUGACAGAUUAGUGUUGGUGACUAAAUCUAGAAUAACGAAGCCAAGACACAGCUGUGGCUGGUGUAGCCGAAGCUAAACCUGCUAUUCGACCUCCAGAUUAGGGGUGUCCCGAUACGAUAUUGAUAUCAGUCCCAUAUCGGCAAAAAAUGAAUAUUGGAUUAUAUUGGCCUGCAUCUAAAAUCUCCGAUAUAAGCAGUCCAUUCCAGACCCAUUCCAUUCGGCACCUCUAUCUAGCAGUGUGUACUAAGGUACUAACAAAGUAGCAAGGAGUCGGAGUGAUCGGCCGUGUGGCAGUGUUUUUCGUUAAAGUCAAAAAACGAUGUUGCAGCUGAGUGCAAAACUUGCCAUACAAUAAGUUUGUGCCAGUAUGGGGUCAAUAUCGGUAUCGACCAGUAUUGAAGGCUACAAUAUCGGUAUCAUAUCGGAAGUAAAAAUGUUGUACAGGGACAACCCUACUUCAGAUUAAAUUAUUCUAUGAUAUGAGUGGUAGCCCUACACAUUCUAACAAAAGUAUUUGAUAUGUGGUUACAUUGUUCAGUAUUGAAAGUGUGAAAGAUAAACUUACAAUGAAGAAUCUAUAAGCUUAAGCUCUCAGCUUCCAUGUCAGUCAUCUGUUCUUUAUGUGUCAAACAAUACCUGUGUUUGCACACGCCUAUUUUUAUAGUGUAUUUCUAGUGAAAGUUUGUAUUCCUGUAAUGAUGAAAUCUCAACAUAAGUGCAGGAGUUUGUAUCAGAUAAAUGUGUUUUUGAUGUACUUAAAAAACUUAAUGGAGUAUGAUUUUACUUUAACAAGUAUAAAUCUUUAAGUCUGUUUUUUGCUGUCGUGUCAUAUCCUCCUGUUACUUUUAUUUACUUGGGUCCAGCCCUUUGACAGCAGCACUGACACCUGCACAGAAAGUUAGAGUUAAGGUUUAACAUAUAAAAGCAAUGAACUCCCUCAUAUUUCAACAAUAAUUUCUGACAAGGUUCAAAUUAUGUUUUUUUAUAAAUUUUUCCGCAUCACCAAUCCUCGGCCUUCUUCUGCAUGUUAUUUUAUGACCACACUGUUCAUGUGCAAGGCAUUAAAAGUUAACAUUCUGAGGUCCUAUUAGUGGUUUCUGUGUGUGCCCACGACAUAAAAGAGCAUCUGGGUUUCAACCCUAAAAUCUGUCUUGACUAACAGAGCAUUUUUGUGUCUGUGAAAGCAGCAGGAUUGUGUGAAUAUUAGCAUUUGAAAGUCAUUUGUCACUCAGAUUCUGCAUGUACAGGGCUCAGUGAGAAGCAGUGUUGAGGUGAUGUUAGAUACUGUAGAUUUUAAUUGCAUUUUAUACAUUAAAAAAAGAGUAACUGAUGACAGCCUGACAUGUUUUGGUGUUGUCUCUGUUGUUGCUCAUGUACCUCACAGUUGAUAUAUCGUGUAGCUCGACUGUAGGCGACAAAGUUCUGUUGGUUCACAGCUGUCUUGGCUCUGAAUGCAGCUGAACUUCGUUUUUUAGUGGUUGAACAGACUCCGGUAAAGGGCAACACAACCCAGUGGCAUCUGAUGAGUCGUGACACUACUACUCUGGAUGUUAACAUCCCCCUCAAAAAGCCACUUGGUGCAUCUCACUUCUCUUUUAGCACAUCUCCGACUCUGUGCCUUUGACUGCUUCUUCUUUCAAUAUGAUAUCAGCAGUGCAGGGUAUAAGAGACUUACUAUUGAUGCACUUUAACUGAAGUUUGUAUUGUAACUACUAAGAACCCACUGAGCAUUUUUUGGUCUAAAAAAGGUCUAAUAGACGUCUAAAUGUAGCCUAGACGACUGGUCUAAAACCGGGCUACCACAGGUCUAAAAAUGAAAGUUAUUUAGACGUCUAAAUUUAAACCAAGUUGAGACCAAGUCUAAAUCUGGGCUAUAUCUAUACUACACAGUAUUUUGCUCAACGGCAACAUAAUUAUUUUGUUUAAGUACUUGGAGAUCAGUUAUGCAACUCACAGUUGCUUUUUGAAAUAAAUAGCUAUUGAAUAAUGGGUUAAAGUGCAACGUCUAAAUUCCAGCUAAAAAUAUACAGAAUCAAGACGGUUGAAAUAAGGUCUAAAAAAAAUAGAUGUCUGUUAGCCGUCUAUUAGCCGUCUAUUGCUCAGUGGGAAGCUUUGGCUACGUCAGCAGGCAGUUAUACCAGGAAAAGUACUACAACACAUGAUCAGUCAAUGAUCCAAAUAGGGCUAGGCGAUACAGCCUCAAACCAAUAUCACGAUAUGUUGAGCAGUUCACCUCGAUAACGAUAAAUGGACGAUAACUACUCCACAAGCGGCUCACCCCCUCCCACAUUAACUACAACUUUUGGACCAUCCUCCAUCUCCUCACCUGUCUUUCCCUCUUUGUUCCGGACUGGAUGGGGUGGAGUCACGUCUCUGUCGUAGGACAUGAGACCAUAGCCUACCUACACACAUCCAAAACCAACUUUUAUUUAUUUGCUUUUUUGACACCAAAUAUAUUGACAAAAUGAUGUUGGUUGUUGUCGUAAAUUUCAGUAUCGGUAAAUUUUUGGUUUAUUGCCCAGCCCUAGAUCCAAAUACUGUGAAGUCAUAAUGCAACAAACAGACAAGCUAUUUUUGUGAGAAAUAAAAUAAGUACUCUAAAUGAAGGAGGCUGUAUCCUCCCAUUUUUUUUAUUUAAUCUGUGCAUUGUCAUCUCAUCCAUGGUGCAAAUGCUGCUGUUCUUCAAACUCACUAUUUUUCAAAGCGUACCUGCAUGACUCCCGAACACAAUUGCUGAUUCAGGGUCAGAAAUAGCAACAAGGCCGGGCAGAUAAUGCAAAUCAAUCAAUCAUGCUGGCCUUUUUUCAUUGACAGCCAUGGUGAAAAAGGGUGUGUCUCGCUUUUAGGCUCAAACCGCACUGCGUCAUGCUUAUUUUUAUUUUUGUCAUUUAUCCAGAGGCGAUGGGCUGCAUUUCACCAUUGACUGCAAAUAUGAGUGUAUGUCAAGCCUUGUCUGCUAUGUUUAUACCUAUGGCCUUGGGUUAGCGUGGGCAAGCUAACAUAGAUACACAGACGUGGACUACACAGUAAAUUGUGUGUGUCUCGCUUGCGGCAUAUCUUUGUGUGCGUGUGUGUGUGUGUGUGUUUGUCCCUGGAUGUGACAGGCGACCACAACUGUGUGUGUGUGUGUUUAUUUGCACACACCCUGCAAUCUGUCGGGGAUGAGUACUGCGCUGGUCAGCUGACCAGUUGUUGAGAGAGAGAAGGAAGCAGAAAUCUGAUGAUUAAUCACCAUCUAACCUCUCCAGGCUAACGCUUAGCAACAGCACAGCGCCGUCCUGUCCUUGUGUUCGCCAUACAUGAGUCCAUCUCAGCCACGAAAUGAAUCCCUAUUCCCCUGAAACAAUCUGAUUAGAUUACACCGAGAACAGUGGUUGUAACUACAGUCAGGAAAAUGAUACAAGAAAGAGUAAUGACUGCCAUGUUGAAGCAGAAACAGCAAACUUUGCACUCUCAGAGCUUAGAGUGCAAACCACGUCUGUGCAUUUGCCCGUGCUAGCUCACCGGUGAUGCAGACCUCUUCCCCUGUCUUCAUAUGUUUAAUUUAUUUGACCUGGAGCAACAGCUUAAGUCCACAUAAGAUACAGAGGCGGAUAUGAGGACAUAGUCUACAUAGUCUGGCCUACAUCCCUGUGUUGAUAUUUGUUUUGAGGGAGAGAGUGCUCGCUGGGUGUGUUCUCCUUUUACCAUGUCAUCCCUGUCGCAGUUUGUGCCUUCUUUCAGUCACUGUGGGAAAUCUACACAAGCCAAAAUGCUGGUUAGAAUUUUUGGCUACAGCUGGGGAGUUUGGCCGUUUCAUCAGCCAGCAUGGCAGACGUCCAACCCCGCGCUUUGGCUGAUCAGAUAAUAAAAGUAGGUAUUGAAUUUCAGGAGCCACAGCAGACACUAGACAGUAGAUGAAAAAGUGUGUUGCCGGCUGCGUGCCUGGCUGACCCUUGAUCAUAUGGUUCACUGACGCAGAUUUGUUUUUCUGAACCCUUUAGCAUUUGACCCCUUUGGAGUUCAUUGUGUAACAUAGCAUGCUUUCUUCCCCUCAAAGUUCUGCAUUCAGACUUUCCAUCAUUGGUCAUUACUUUUUCUCUAUGGGGGUGUAACCUGCUCUCUGGAUAAAUGAAGGUUGUUAAGGAUAGAUGCAUUUGUUGGAAAGACAAAGAGUAACUCCAGUUUAUUCGCACGUUGACGGACAAGUUAGGUAAUUCUUCUUGUGCAAGGCCCGCUGCCCUUUAUCAGUCAUGGCUAGGGCAGAGCGAAUCAUGUGUGGUGAUGUCAGGAAGCUUUUCAGACUUUUGAGGUGAAUUUGACAAAGAGCUUCACAUUCAGGUCCGUAUUUCUUUCGUCAGGAUUGAAUUAUUUUUUUCUCCCCUUAUUUUCUCUGGCUUCUGAAAAUGAAAAGGCAGUAAUGAUCCUCCCAAUCCACUUACUACCAGCACAUUAUAGUCACUUUACACCUUCUAUUAGAGUUGAUAUUUCUUAGUCUACUAGUGGAUAUAGAUUUCAGCCAUUUGUCAGUCAGUUAUCAAGUGUUUAUCGUGUUGAUGGCUGUAGUUUUUGAGCUUGGAUUUUAAAGAAGUGACAUGGUCUUGCGCUGGCAGACUACUUUCAACUCAUGACUGCAAUGCGGCCAAUUUUUUUUGUGUGGCUUACCAAAAAGGCCUGACCGAUAUGGAUGUCGUCAUCUGCUGAACCUUCAUCUGUAUUUCUGCAGGGGUAGCACUCAUUAUCUUUAUUUUUCACCAACAGUGCUGUCGGCUUCACGUGUUAAAGUGCUAUGGUUGCGUGUAGCUGCAGCCUGCUACUACGCAGUUGUUUGCUACUUGGUUCUAGUUCAGCACAUGAUUGGCUCAGCUCGGCGUGACCUUGAACAACUUCCCUUUUCAUUGGCUUUACGUAUAGUCUACCAAAAUAUGGCUAUCGAAAAGCAUGUUAACCAUGUUUCGUAUUGAUAUUGAUGGAAAUUAAUUUUUGACAGAUAUCAUAAUCGUUGUAUCGCCUAGCCCUACCUGACCCUAUUAUUGAUCGAUGUCUCAGCCCUGAAUUUUACACAAAUUAGAAUCAAGUGAAUCUGGUGACAUCUUUCCUUAACAAGAGGACCUUAUUUUCAAGGUUAUUACAAGAAAUUCAUGUUUUUUACUUUGAAACUUUAAAGUUGCGUCAAGUUAAGAUUCUUGUCCCAGAUGGUGAAAACUUUAUUGCAAAGAUCUGUAAGUUUCUGGGGGCUGUGACUCAUCAUAUUGUCUCCAAACUCCCUGAUUGGUCUGUCAGCUUCCUGUCAGGCUCAAUCAAGUCUAAGAGGAUGAUACAGAGCUCCAAGUGUAUUCUGGCAUUAAUAUCACAACUGUCUGCAGUCUCUCCUGCUCCAUGUUCUCUUUCUUUAUAUCUGUACUCUAAUGUGCAUAUUAUACAUACAAAUAUAUACAAACUGAAAUGUUUCAUAUCUCUCCCACUGCUGCACUUAUGAUCGAGAGAUUCGUAGAAUAGAUCUGAAAAAGAAAAAAGUUAGUUUCAGUCGUGACCAGACAGCCAAGAAAAGAAAAAUCGUGACUAAACAUUGUAGUCAUGAUGUGCGGAGUCAUUGGCGCUGUGCUGUGUGAGAACUCUGACACAUAAAAGAGGAAUAGAAAAGUUUUUUGAGGUAUUUCUGCUUUGAAGGAGGCAUGUAUUGGAGAACAAGAUGGGGAAGAGAUUUUGGAAAAACCCACGGGAGAAAUGAGACACAGUCAGUCAUAUGAUAGUGUGACUUUCAGCUGCAGCUGAUCUUCAUGUCGGGGUUUUCUCCAGCAGCUUUUGUCGAGUGGAAUUAUGUUUAUUUUGAAUAGAAGGAAGCCACAGGAGUCAAUGACUUUGUUACCGAGCUGUUGUCAGAUGAUGUUUUGUUUGGCUGGGGUGGAGUCAAGACAGAAACCUUAUCAGCAUGGCACUUGGAAUAUGUGUUUGUGUAUGUGCAAAUGUUAUUGAAGCCUGCACAUAUUUUCUGUGUACACAUUACGUGUGUGUGUGUGUGUGUGUGUGUGUGUGUGUGUGUGUGUGUGUGUGUGUGUGUGUGUGUGUGUGUGUGUGUGUGAGAUUGUGCAUACAGACAUUUCCAGUAUGGUCGGUAUGCCAAGGAUGCCCUUGUUUGUAGGUGACAAAGCUGUCUCUUAAGAAUUGGCUGAGCUCCCGCUCGGCUCUGUUGCUCAUUUUACUGUUGACUUCCGUGAUGCUGCCACGUUGACUGAGGGAGUCUACAGCUUAGUUAUUCAGUGAGUUAACACUGUAAAUAACAAAGCAGUUCAAUAAUACUGAAGACAACAUUCAGGGGAGGACUGAUCAGAAAUGAAACAGAGAUAAAUUAAAUGCUCCAAAGUAGGGCUGUACGAUUAAUCAAUUUUAAAUCGUAAUCGGAUUAUGACGAUUUAAUAAAGAAUUUAAUCUUCAAAUCGAUUUUCCUCUCUAUCAAGUCUCGCACCUCCGGGCCACCGUAGGCUCCCCUUCCCCAAGGAGCGCUCCCCAGUUCCCACUCACACCAGUGUAAACAAACAUGGCGUUUGCAAAAGAAGGCGAUAAUUUCUUGGUUAAAUAGGACAAGAGCGAGUCAGCUGUGUGGAAUUGGUAUGGCUUCGCAGUUUCGGAUGAAGAGCAAACCACUCCCCGCUGCAAAGUCUGUCCGAAGGCAGUAUCAACCGGUCCACACAGAAACGAAUUAAGGAGUAAACGGGUCAGAGAGUGCAUAAAUCCGUAAACAAAAUCUAAAAUUGAGUUUUUAGAGAAAAAAAAUCAGGAUUUUUCUUUUUGGCCAAAAUCGUGCAGCCCUACUCCAAAUAGGAAGUAGAUUAAUAUGAAAUACCUCCAUUUUGUCAGAUUUCUUGAGCCACUGGUAAGAGAUGAUUUAUAAUGACUAGGUUGUCCUGCAGAGUAGAAUAAUUGCAGCACCCCGGUGCAAGGCAAAGAGAGAUGUUCAAUUUGCAGUGGCGCAGCCAACAGUCCAAAACAGGAGGCCUAUAAAAACCCGCAAGCAUGAAGAGAGCACUUCCCCACAAGUGAAAACCUGAAACGAGAGUAAAGCGGCUCCUUUUAGUCGCUACCGAUUCACUUUUAGAAUAUAUGAGUGAACCACUCGAGAGUUCGGUGAUCUGUAUGUAAACUAGGGCCUAUUCAUCAUGUUUGUGGAUCCAUCUAUUACGGCAAAUGCCAAAAGUGUCACAAUGAAAUAAAGAGACCAACUUUGUUUUCAGUCCGUACAAUAAGCCUGGCAUUGCAUUCAAAUCAAAAAGUCAGGAAGAAUGAUUAUUUCUGAAGAUGAAUUGAUCGGCCUUUUAAUUGAGUGUUUAUUCUGAGUGAACUGAAUAAUGUGAAUUUACAGGCAUAUUUUUUAUUUAUUCUUUGCUUUUGUCCUGGAAGAUUUGAUCGAGAAGCUGUCAGAAUUACAAAACAAUAUUUUUUCGUGUGUGUGAUUAAGAACGAAGACUGUCUCCUCUUCAUUCGGUGCUCCCUGGUCGGCCCGGGUUAAUUGACAUAGAUAAAUCUAAUUGCCUUCUUGGCAUCCCGCGGAGGUCAAAUCUUAAGACUGUUCCUGGCUCUGAAAAAGGUUAAAGGAAAGUUAAGUCAACCUCUCUUUCUCUCUCUCUCUCUCUGUCUUCCUCUCCUCUCUCUAGGAACGCACCAGAUCAUUUGACAGCUUCAACAUGAACACGCUGGAGAGCUCCUUGAUCGACAUCAUGAGGGCCGAGCAGGACACACUGAAAGGUGAAAAUGCCAGCUGUCAGUCACGACCAUGAAACACUGGGCACACAUCUACCAUUACAGCUGUUCUCAUUUCACACCCCAGUACCUGCAGGAAUCCUCGCUGCACACAUGAAAGACUUGUUAUCGUCGUUUUUGGGAAACCUUACAUAAAUGAGUCGAUCAUAUCUGCACACACUGAGUGACAAAUCCACUUCUCUAUCUCCUGAUAGGAUUCACUGUCGUAAAUUGAAAUGAAGCUUACUGUUGGUGAUACAGAUACAUUCGUGUUGCUAUUGUAUUGCAGUAGCAAGAAAUAGUACUAUAUGUUUAUUCACAUACCAACGCCUCAGAAGCUGAGGAGUUUCACUUCCUCCUCAGGUCAGACAACCAGACACAGUGUCUUCUUUGGUGUUAUGAUGAAAAAUUAUAAGAAAGGUUAGUCUGUGUAGCACGCAGUCUGCAACUUUUGUCUUCCUUUUUCCUCUCUCUCGCUUCUUCCCACUUCAAAAAAUACCAUCUCACUCGUGAGGAAAUUCAUUUUUGGAGUUGUGUGCCGAAGAGUGGUGCAAUAAGUCUGACCUCUUUUUCUCAGGCGUUUUGAGAAAGAGAUGCAGAGAGAAGAAGAGAGGGCUGAUGGGAGCUUAGACUUUGUAUUUAAGAGGGGAUUUGUUGGAGAGAUGGACAGACUCCCUCUGAUCUGAACCGAAGCUGUUAGCCAUCAUUAGUUUGUGAUGGUUACAGCUGCAGUGUCCCCUUUUGAAGCAGGAUUUCUUAAUACUCAAGCAACAGAUUGUUAAGCGUUCGUGUUGUGUUGAAUCCAGGGCUGCACGACUUUCUAAAAAAAAUCAUAUAUAUUUUAUAUAUUUCUUCUGUGAUAUGGAUUGCAAUAUGAAAAAUACAAGAAUCUAUAUCCGAUAAAUUCAUUGUGUUUAAUGUCCUAAAAAAACAUUUUAUGUGUAAUUGGGAUCAUUAAAGGAUCAUUAAGAGUUUCCAGCUGGUGGGAAAUGGACUGAAAUUAACUGUGGUAGUUUUUGAAGAGAUAAGAGGUUCUUCUUAUGGCACAAAUUGAGAGUUCUUACUCUUACCACAUUGUGUUCAGUUCUCUGACAGAAGCUCCAACACCCCAACAAAGGAAGGACAUGUUAUUUCAUUGACAGUAACACAUAGGGCUGGGCAAUAUGGCCUCAAAUCAAUAUCACGAUAUAUUGAUCAGUUCACCUUGAUAACAAUAAAUUUACAAUAAGUACUCCACAAGCUGCUCACCCUCUCCCACAUUAACUUCGUCUACUUCAGCCGCUCCAACUUUUGAACCGUGCUCCAUCUCCUCACCUGUCUUUCCCUCUUUGUUACGGACUGGAUGGGGGUGGAGUCACGUCUCUGACGUAGGACAGCGUCUUAAAGGGACAUGAGACCAUAGGCUACCUACACACAUCCAAAAACAACUCUUAUUUAUUCAUUUUUUUUGACACAGGAUAUACCAAUAUGGGCAAAAUGACGUCUGUUAUUGUCCUAAAUUUCGGUAUCAGUAAAUUUUUGGUUUAUCGCCCAGCCCUAGAGUCACAUUUUUCAGUUCUGUGAUAUGACUAUUGGACAUACGUUUAUUUUACUUGAGAAGGUUCAACAGUACAUCAUUCAGCCCCAGUUUUGAGUUUUUUUUGGGGGGGUUUUAUGCCAUAGUUUAAAAAGGAUGAUGGACAGAGAGAGAAGGAAAUGGGCCACUGGUUUGAAUCGAGGAAAACAACCUCUGUACCUUUGCAUGUGACUCAAUCACUCUGCCGGACUGGUAUCCUGAAGCGCUUCUUUUUUUUUUUUUUUUUUAGAGAGGUGUUGAUGUUUGAUGAUCAGUUUGGAGGACAUUGUUAGCUCUGCCGUUGAAAGGUGUUGUCCCAAUCCUUCUCGAUUUAAUCCUCAGUGUAUUUAAAAGCCGGAGCUGAAGCAGAGAGUCAUGCUGCAGUAACAGGAACUCUGGCUGACUUUUGACUUUUAUUGAUUUACAGAGAUAAGCCAAUGUCUGUUAUUGUGUUACGCAAUAUUGGUCACUGCUAACCCACAAAUGUGCUAUCGACUACAGCAGGUCGACAGUGUUGUUUACUGUUUUAGAGGGUGUAGCUGACAGUAUUUAUAGACAGGGAGUGCUAAGAUAACACAGAGGUCUGUGGCCAACAUAAGCCAUUGGCUGUCAGGGAGGAGUUUGAGUAAUUGAGAACAAAAUGUUGAGAAAUGGAGCUUCACGUACUUUAGUUCAAGUUUUGGGCUUUGUUGUGGAUUGAUUAGUUCAAUGCUUGCAGGUACUGAUAGAAAAAUAUGAAGCCACAAUCGAAAAAUGUAAAAAUAGACUCAUUAAGUGAAGCACCAGGAUCCAGUUUUUCUUUUCUUCCUGCUUCCUGUAACCUGUUUUUUCCUGUUUCAGCGUCUAAAAAUCUGUGUUCUGGGGCUUUCACCUCACACUUUCACUUGUCUGUAAGCAGGAAAGUAAAGAGGAGGAACCUCCAUGCAUUAUAAAAUCAAUAAAAACCCAUGAGUUGUUUUACCCUCCCAUGUGGGCAGGAUUUAAUUGCACUCUCUCUGUAGGAUGAGGACAAAAAAAUGGAUUCACUCAGAUUUCUGUGCAAGCCUGAACAUCAGUACAACAGAUUUCAAAAUGGCAGCGACAAAAUAUAUCCAGUCGUCAUGUUUGCACGUCCACAGACAGAGAAUAGUGUAAUUAAAUGCCAGUGAAUGUAAUUGAAAUAGGGGCGCUCUGUAGAACACACAUAGAAAGCAUAAAUACACACUCUAGUCUCAAGAAUAACAGGGAGAGUGAAAAGUCUGAGCUCCAGAUACUCCACUAUCACCUCGUAUUUAUUUCAGCCUCACACCUACUGAGUUCAGCCAUAUCCAGCUGUGAUCUAAUGUUUUGCUGUCAGGCUUUAGUAAAUCUUCCCUCAGUAAUAGGAGAGGAGGAUGGGAAGGUUACCUCAUUAAGUUCGUCUUGGUGUCUUAGCUGCAGCAAUGCUGGCACAGAUUCUUGGAACUCCCAUCUGAAAGCUGGGCACCAGAUAAACACAAAGUUGUUUCACGUCUGAAAUGAAAAGUAAAAGCUUCUCCUCUGUUACAGACCCAACUGUGUGAAGGCUUUUGACGUUAUUAUGAUGUUUGAUCUAUUUAAAGCUCCUAAGAGGAGUUUUUGAUAAGUUUUGAAACAGACUGAAAUGAACACUGAUGUGUCUCUGAACUGUAAAAAGCAAAGAGAUCAAAGAUCAACAGCUUCUAUACAAUAAUUUUAAUGCCUGUAACUCUGAGUGGGUCGGUACAAUAAAGAAAGAGCCUUUGUCACUUUUUCCUCAUCAGAUAUUCACCAUGAGUAAAAAAAAUUAAUGUGAAAUAACAACAGGAGGUUAUUCUUUCUUUCUUUCUUUCUUUCUUUCUUUCUUUCUUUCUUUCUCUUUCUUAAUUUUUUUGUUCUUUUUUUCUUUUCUUUUUUCUUUCCUUUUUUCUGUCUUUCCUUUUUUCUGUCUUCUCUCCUUUUCCUUUUUUUUCUUUCUUUCUUUCUCUUUUUCCUUCUCUUUUUUCUUUCUUUCUUUCUUUCUUUCUCUAUUUCUUCUUUCUUUCUUUCUUUCUUUCUUCCUUUCUUUCUUUUUCUCUGCGAAUCUCUAAUCAUUUUAACAUUUGCUCAGACUGAUCAGAUCAGACAUGAUUUCUCGACUGUUUUUCUCCUUGUCUUUGACCCGUGGCUCUCGGCCUGUUAUAGAAUAACUCUGUUUAUUUUGUGUUGUCAUAGUUAUAUUCCCGGAUUAUUCAGUGCUCUGACAGGUGUAGCAGUGACUUUGGCGACUCCUUUCCUUUUCCCUCAAAGCAAAGUCAAAAGAGAAGCAUAAUUACAGCGUUUUCUCUUUAAGCUCUGGCUCUUCUGCAGCCUGAUGGACUCUUGCUCCCUCCUGCUCCCUGUUGCACACAUUCAUACAUGUCCAAAAAAUAUAAUAAAUCUGGACAGCAUGCAUGCUCAAGCACAGUUAGACACACAUAAGCAGGGCACCAAAUUUCUCACUCUGGCAGAACGUAUUGAACAAAGUGAAAGCGAUGAAUCUGGGGAACAGGCGAGGCAAAAUGUCUACUGUAGAGAGUGGCUUUGAAUCGCUUCCAGCAUUGUCCUGACUGACAGAAAGGAUCUCUCUGUUCAGCCACCACACUCGCACACGCGCACACCACUGCCCUGUGUGUCCUCGUGCAUGCGUGUGCCUUAACUAUUACUGUGCUGUACAUGUAGGCAGCCAGCAGCAUGCAAAUAUGGUUCAUAGAGCGGGCACACACACACACUCAAACACACACAUACACACCACCCUGCAGACACACUGGGAUGUGGUGAGCUGACGUGUCAGCACACUUGCUCCACAGGGACCAUUAAAGGCUUUUAAAAUCCAACGUGACGGGUUGUGCUCAGAUGUACUUUGAUUUUGGGUGGUGCACCUAUGAGCGCACAGUCUAUGAUACCAAGCCAAAUUACCGAAGGAGAUAAACUGAGCGCUGGAGUCUGUGUGAAUAACCUGUUUUUAGUUCAAACAUCUGAUCGUAUUUGAUAACAUCUUUAUGGACUCCUCUAAGUAUCUACAGUAUGCUUGCGUGUUUCUUCUAGUUUAGCUUUACAGCCUCUAAAAACCACAGGUUGUCUAUCCUAGUUUCUGUGGUCAGUGAGUCCCAGUUCUGUUUCAUGCGCCACAUCCACUGAGAACUGUUGGGCUCAAUAGGCGAGGUGUGGGGGAGGGGCCAGCAAAUUUCCAUGUGACCGAGGCAUUGGAAUGCACCAAUCACAGGGCGGUCCAUACCCGUACAACAAUGGUUGUACUAUUUCAGCUCUUUCAUCUCAUUAUCCCUCUGCAGCAAGCGGGGCCUUGCAUAACUUUGAAGCUUGUUUGGCAUCAUAACAUGUAUUUCUGUGUGUGUGUGUGUGUGUGUGUGUGUGUGUGUGUGUGUGUGUGUGUGUGUGUGUGUGUGUGUGUGUGAGUGUGUGUGUGUGUGUGUUAGGUGGGCCUGGCAAACUGCUCAAUGUAAAACCUAUGAUAUGAGGCUCAGAGAGAGACAGAGGGAGGCACACAUAGGGAAAUGGAGGUCGAUGAGAGGGAGAGAGACGGUUUGUGUCCCACAGAUGUACUCUCUAAUGAGAUUGAUGUGAAAGCAACGCUCGGCGCUCAUAUCUGUAAUCGCCUGUUUGGUAUACACACUCUUAAUGAACUGUCAGAAACACCCACGGUUUGAUCUGAUCUCCUGCCCAAAAUCAGCCGUUUCAAACCAAACCCUGGGUCCUUUAUUUGGAUUAUGUCCAACAUUGUCUACAGAAUAAUCCAUUAAAAACAUGGAACCCCUGCACAUGUUGUGAUAAUCAAGUCACAGAGUUACAAAUUGAUAGUGGCUCUAUCUCUCUAUUUUCCUGCUAAAUCUCAAAACGGGCCUUGAACGGUAAACUGACGAUGAUCAGCCCACAGAGGAGGAAUUUCUGCUGUGGGAGUCGCCGUCUUUACAGCAGCAGUGAUUCUGUUUGGAAUAAUGACUUCACGGUGAAACCUUGGACAAAUGUAUUCAAACUAAUCCACUUGUAAAGGAGGCUGUCAUUUCAUUAUCGUUCAAACUUGUGGAUUUCUCUAAAUGUUUCGCACAUUGAGUUAAAAUGGGCCCUAAAUUUGAAAUGUUUCUGUCCUGCAGGUCGACUGGGGUUCCCACAUCCAGGUGCGGACAACCCUCUGCCCCUAAAUGGUAUGUAUGACAAACUCAGAUGUUCAAAGGUCCAUCAAUGAUAUAAAAAAGGGGUCAAAAUCAAGAGAAGCAAACCUCGAUUGUCAAAUGAAAUAAAUAAAAAGCGAGAACAUUUAAACCCUAAAUGAUAUUUUUAAAUCCUGUCUUUAAACAAACAUGCUAACUCUGGUAAUCAGCAUAAUUUAACCAGUUCAGUGGCUUUUAAACUUGAUCCCUGUAUCAGUGACACCAAGUUCUGCAGGUGGUGAAAGUUGGAGGGUUUCUGAAAUAACCCCACUGUUGGUGUUGUUUUGGCGAUGCAUCCUUACGCUCUAAAAAAGUUUUGCGUCUUUCCUCUGCGUCCCUCCUGCCCUUUGUAAAUGCCAGCAUGAAAUAUAGCUGCCAUUUAAAAGCACUUUUCAACCGACAAGCAUCGAUGUUGACGACCUUUCAUCGUGCGCCUCGAAUAAACAGGACGAGAGAGUGGGGUGUUAAGGCGGGAUGAGUGGAUAUAAGAGAGGGUGUGGUCGGCUUGGACUCCAGGAAAUUGGAGGAUGAUCGAGGAAUAAAAGGGAGAUUUAGAGAAUUGGGUGAUUGAAGAUGGAGCCGGCUGAAUUUGUGUCAUAAAAUCUUAAAGCAGCUAAAACUUUUUGAAAUUGGUCUCAGAGUAGGGUUGGGUGAUACGGCCUCAAAUCAAUAUAACGAUAUAUUGAGCAGGUCACCUCGAUAACGAAAGCUGCUCUCCCCCUCCCACAUUAACUACAACUUUUGAACCGUCCUCCAUCUCCUCACCUGUCUUUCCCUCUUUGUUACGGACUGGAUGGGUGGAGUCAUGUCUCUGAUGUAGGACAGCGUCUUAAAGGGACAUGAGACCAUAGCCUACUUACACACAUCCAAAACCAACUUUUGUUUAUUUAUUUAUUGCCUCGGAAUAUACCAAUAUGGGCAAAAUGGUGUAGGUUAUUGUGGUAAAUUUCGUUAUCGGUAAAUUUCGGUUUAUCGCCCAGCCCUAAAUCCAAAAAUGCAACAAACAGACGAGCUCUUUUUGUGAGAAAAUAUGAGGAAUGUAUUUCCUUUUGUGUGUUAGUCCACUAAAUGUAAGUACUCUAAAUAAAGGAGGCCACAUCCUCCUAAAGUGAUCUUCUUUUUUUUUUUAUCCGUGCGUCGUCCAGAUUCGUCCAGCCCUAUCUCAGAGUGUCACUUUUGGUGUUAUUUAGAUUUAUUAACAAGCCUUGUAAAACUUUGUUUGAUUGAUAAGGCAAAAGAAGAAGAGAAGAAGAAUGAGAGGCGACUAAGAUUUUAAUACUGGAUUCAAUCAAUGACUGUUGCUGUUUCGAGGUGUGCAUGUUAGCACUGCUGCGUCUCAUUUAGGGAUGUUCAUGCUUAAAUUGAAGCUGAUUGUGACAUUGAAAAUUAAUCUAAAUUUGCUCCUUUGAAUCAUGCUGAUUUGGAAAAAUAUUAGAAUUAUAUUCGACAGUUUACAUUGAAUUGUCUUUUGUGCAUGAUAAAAUCAGAGAUCUUGGUCUUGUGCUGAAGAACAGACGGCGUUUAAGACUGUAUAAAUCAGUGAAACUCUGUAAUGGCUGAAUAAACCCGGCUUACUCCUUUUACAUGCUGCAGUUUCCACUCCAGCGAUUUAAUAUUCAGCAGCCUCUUCUUCUCCUCUGCCCUUGCACACUCUGGUCGCCUUCAUCAGUGUGUAAGUGUGUUGUUGUGGUGUAAGGCCAGGAUGUAGAACAGGAAAAGCCAGCAGUUUCUUCACGAGAUCUCUGGGUCACAUGGUCGGAUCACAUGGUCAGGAGGAGCUGUCAUCAAGCCCUGAGACAGAUGGUGCCAGCGGAUAGGCAGGAUUCUGAGGUUGCACACCAGCUUUCUCUCUCUCUCUCUUUGUCGCAUAAGCGUACUCAGAUUGCGUCCCUCACUCUCCUGAUCUCUCUCUCUCUCUCUCUCUCAUUUUCUCUCACCCCCACACAGCUUUUUAUCAGCUUGUUUCUCCAUCUCUUCCAAUCUAUUUUUCACUCGCUUUCUCUCUCUCACACACACAUCUUUUUAUAGCACUCUCUGCUCACAUUCAAUCUGCUUUUCUCUCUCUCUCUCUCUCUCUCUCUCUCUCUCCCUCCCUCCCUCUCUGACCCCCACCUCCCAGAGUUAAUGUCCAUCUGGGUUGGAGAGUCCACUGAGAGAGCUGAGGAUUAUUGCUUGUGUUUUCUGGCCACUUCUUCACCCCCCCCCCCCCCGUAGUCUUGCUGCGUUAGAUAGGUCGACGCUUCGGUCUCUCUAGUGAACGAUUUCUAAUUCCUUUCACCUCGGCUCUGUGCUACAAAAAUAUUAUUUCCCAGAGAGCGUCUCAGACAAAAUGAGUAAAAAGAGCUAUUUUAUGUGCGAGGGUACGACAGGGAAGUGUACUGAAGGCUGUUGGACCUGUUAGAUGGAUGGCAGAAAUAUUUUAAGGCAGAAAAGGAAUUCCAGUUAUUUCCCAGCUACCGCAGUCUUCCAGCAGAGUCAUUUCAAAUGUGAAUAAUUAUUGUUUAAAUGUGCAUCAAGCACAAGUAAACAGGCAGAAUUACCUCUGUCUGUUUCUUGGAUAGGCUGUCUACAGACAGAGAGAAGAAAGUGGCCACCUGGAGAAGUCCAACAGUUAUCAGCUCGUACAACAGGAGCAGAUAGCCGUGCAGGCCCCCCUCUUAGCUCAUGCUGUCGCUGCCGUCUUCAGCUUCUGUGUUUACACUGGAAACAAUGGAGGUUGCAAUGGUAACCACUCGCUGCCAUAGAUGCAGUUUAUCGUUAAGUCUAAAGCACGACUGUAGGAGGAUAAAACACAUGUUGUGAAGUGGCUGUCCAUUUAUCCAGAAACACUUGGUGGUUACUGCUCUGUUAUUACUUCUGGUACUUCUACUCCAUGUAUGGUACAAAAAGGUUUUUCUCUCCCUGUGGUUGGUCAUUCUGGUGUUUCCUCGGCAACAAAGUCUACGAUACGUUAACUGCCACUAGGAAUGCUUUGAUUAUAAUGGCAUCUAUGCUGGAUGUUAGUUUUGUAUCUGCCACUGCUGAGACUCCACUGCAACUGCUAUUAUCAAAGUUGUUCAUUAUAAUCCAGAUUUCACUACUUCCUGUGUUGGCUCACAUCUUGGUCCAUUGGCUAUUAUCUUAUCACUGUCCCUGAUUGGUCGUGGUGCACCUCAAGGUUCAGUCCUUGGACACUUUGAUAUGAUUCUGGGCCAUAAUCAGGCGACUGUGUUCUCAGUCGAGCUGACUGAAAUGAAGGAGUUGCGUAACUGGAAAACCAGUGCACUGAGUUUUAAAAACAGACGAUCCAACAUAAAAGUCUUUGGUGUCCAUUAGGGCUGCAUGAUCACCUUUUUUUCUCUGAGAACUCGAUUUUAGAUUUUCAGUUAUUCAGUGACAACUUCACCAAACUUUGCUUUAAUAAAAAGUUUUUCUAUCAUCUCUCAAAAUAAAAACACUGAGAACGAUGUAGUGUAUAUGCCAAGCCAGUAAGUGGCGCUGUAACGCUGCCCAGGAAAUGCACAAAAGACAGAAGAAGAGUACAGAGCAUACGUAUAAAGGUUGUUUUGACCCGACAUCGCAGGCGCCAUAAAAGAGUUACACUGUGUGCCACAUGAUUGUUUCCAGAGAUGAAGAUCGGCAUCCAGACGUAGAUGAAAUACUAGCUGUUUACAUAUUUCUGCACUCUCUGACCCGUUUUCAAAAAGUAUGUUUAAAGUCACCCGAAACGACGUCUCCAUGUGAAUGAUACUCUUAUACAACAAAAAACUUGUACGUUUACUCCUGAAUUUGUUUCCGUGUGGACAGGUUGAUACCGCCCUCAGACAGACUUUGUAGCAGGGAGUGGUUUGCUCCUCAUCCGAAACUGCGAAGCCGUACCAAUUCAACACAACUGACUCGCUCUUGUCCUAUUUAACCAUGAAAUUAUCGCCCUCUUUUACAAACGCCAUGUUUGUUUACACCAUAGACUGUAUAUAGAAUGGAAGCUGUCUGCCUCCUCGCUGAGUGAAGCCACCAUGGGAACAGCACCCUCUGGUGACGGGCUGCAGUAUAGGUCAUAAAUCCCGCCUCCGCCCUCAAAGCUUAUGGAGCUGUUGACAAAUUUAAGAAAUUUAUUACACAGGAUAUAAAUGUUUCUCCCCCCUGGUUGGGAUGUUGACAUGUAGUUACUGUCAGACUGUUUGUGCUCAAGUCCUCUUUUUUUCUGUACAGCUCCAUUUUUAAAAGUUAUUAGGGGGUUCAUGUUUUCUUUGAUUGACACCUGAUACAACCUAUGGGCAUACGAAGAUUGCGUAGCUCACCCGGGGGUACGCUGUUUGAGCCGAGCAGUGCUGGUUUCAGGAAAUGAAGAAAAAUCGCCGAAAUAUUGAGAGCUUUUUCGUCAAGUUGUCCAUGGUAUAUACAGUCUAUGGUUUACACUACGGUGGCCUGGAGGGGUGAGACAUGAUAGAGAGGAAAAUCAAUUUGAUGAUUUUAAUUUUUUUAACAUUGUCAUGAUCAAAUAAUCUAAUUACGAUUUAAAAUCGAUUUAUCGUGCAGCCCUAGUGUCCAUAAACAGGAAUAACAUCAGUUCCACAUGCUGUUCAUAAUUCACACAUGAUAAAUAAAGUAGAGAGGUUGACUGGCAGACAGUGGAAGCUCCAUCUAUUGUCAUGAUCCACCUGGCACCUUUAUUGAUCCAGUGUAUUAUUCGUCUUUUAUAAUCACGCUCUUCUUUGGUUUGUUCCUGUUCCACAUGCAGCCAGGAAUUAUAGCAGGAGACGAGGUAAAAAGAAAUGGCUCAUUCUCCGAGAUAAAUUCCUUUCUGUAGGGCUCUCCAUGUGCUGUUACAUCAUACUGUUGUGAUUGUAUUGGUUAUGGGGCGAUGGCUGUGUAAAUAAUGACUUGACAUCGUGGAUGACUCCGACCUCUGUGUCCGUGCUGUGAUCUGUUUGUCUGCAUGACCGUCUUGAGUGUGGAGCCUUGCUAAAAGCUUGUGAAGUGAUCUUUUGCAUCUCUGAUCCUGUUUGUUUUUUUUAACAUUUGUUCUCUCAUUAUGCUUGACUCUUGCUUGUUUUUUUAGUUUUUUUUCUCACCCACAUUUUGUGACAUUGUCAAGCCAGACAAUAGCUGUUAGUGUCACUUUGAGACUUUGAGCUGAAAGUUAAUGAGGCACAAAAAAAAAAGUGUAGUUUGUGUUUUACACUCACUGCAACAGAAGCACUGACACAUGCACAGGCACAUGGCCGGAACAAGACACACACACAGGCUCACCCCCACAUACACACACACUCACUCACACACACACACAGCACAAACUGUAAGCUCAGGCUAACUCCCUCCUUGCAUAAAUCUUUAUAAAGCAGCUCAGGGCAGGUUUGUAAGGGAGCAGGAAUAGGCCAGGGAGGGCUUAACCUCCACAACUCACUCCCUGUCCACUCUGAACUAUUAAGACUGAGAGGGCCGCUGUGUUUCAUUUCAGAGAACCUGCAUGCUCGUUCAGUCCUCAUAGACCUGAUUGUUGCCGGUCUUGCGUGUUCGGUCCAAUUCCUUGUCCCAUUCCUGUGAUAAUCUACUUUCAUACUGAAACAUUGAAUGCCUUGUGACUGAAAUUAAUUCAUCAUUUUGUUUAUUUGUUGUCCAACUCACUUCAAUCGAAGUAAACACACAGGCUAAGAUGACUCUGUGGUUUCACCUUCACCAUUUGAAUGCAUCCCAAGUAAUGUGCAUGACAUGAUACUAACAGUAUUAAAGGUCUGCUGAAUUAUUUCACGCUGCUUGAAGAGCAAAUAUAGUAUUUUUGUUACGUCCCUGCAGCCUUCACCUCAAGAUCUCAUUGAAGAAAAUCAACCUCUCAUCCGUUCUUCCUCUCUUCUUCUCUCUGUCUCAGGUCACUCCUCUCUCUUCCCCAUGGAGGAUGGUUUCCCUGACGAUGAGCGUGGCGAUCAAGGUCUCGCAGGCCUGGGCUCCCCUCACUGCUUCCCACACCAGAACGGAGAGCGCGUCGAACGCUACUCUCGCAAGGUCUUCGUGGGAGGUCUACCCCCGGACAUAGAUGAAGGUUUGCGGGUUUAUUGAGAUCAAAAUAGGGUUGAUGAAAAUCUGUGGAGGGAAAGACACACCUGAAGACAAAAUUAGUGGAUUCACGCUGAUGAGUUUGCACGCUGUUUUGUGUAAUUCCAGAUGAGAUUACAGCCAGUUUCCGGCGUUUUGGACACCUGUUUGUGGACUGGCCUCACAAAGCAGAGAGCAAAUCCUAUUUCCCCCCCAAAGGUACGUCAAAUUAUCAUGGCAGCAUCUUCAUUUAGCGUGCUGUAUUUUCCUCCUGCCUUAUACUGGUCUGUAAGGAAGGCUGCAGUGCCUUUUUUUAUUGCAUCAAAAGGUAAGUUUGACUUUGAUGUCGUCUUCGUCGUCCUACUGGCUAAAAAAAGGCAGACAUGUUUUUCUGGCACAGCUUUGUAUUGGUGUACUAUUAUUAUGUGAGCAUCUGUGCAGUCUGCUUUUGUCUUUAGGCUCUUCUGUGGAGCAUUUUGUAAGCAUGCCUGGCCUGUUUGUCUGUUCCUCCAUCUAUUUGUAAAAAGCUUAUGCCCUCCUGCUGUGAAUGCAGAAUGUGGCGAUCAAACAUACAGUCACAGUAAUCAUCGCACUAAAUUCCAACAUGACUCUUUUGUCAAUACUUGGUGUCCCUGGCAGCAUGAAUAACCCUGCUGUAUAUCUGUGUAGGCUACGCCUUCCUGCUGUUCCAGGAUGAGAGCUCAGUGCAGGCUUUGAUCGACGCCUGCAUCGAGGAGGACGGCAAGCUGUACCUCUGCGUGUCCAGCCCCACCAUCAAAGACAAGCCGGUUAGUGGGAGCGCACGUUCAAACAAAUGCCCCCAUAAGGACUGUGCACGGUGUCAUUAAAUGUCCAGAGCUGCUGUAACCAGUGUGUGUGUGUGUGUGUGUGUGUGUGUGUGACAGGUUCAGAUCCGCCCAUGGAACCUGAAUGACAGCGAUUUUGUGAUGGAUGGAUCUCAACCUCUUGACCCGAGGAAAACUAUCUUUGUGGGAGGAGUCCCUCGUCCGCUCCGUGCAGGUAACUUUCCCUUCUGUGUGAACCAGGUGGAUGAAAAACAAACGUCUGUUUACAUCAAUAACACAUUUGGAUCCAAGUGUUGAGUUUCUCCAAGAUCUUAUGUAUUUUCAUCCUUUUAAACUCUUUACACUCUUUUUACUUAUUUUUUCAGGGUUUUUUUUUUAAUCCUAUCUUCUUUUUUUUAUUUUUUUAUUUUUUUCAUAUUUGUUUUUAAAAUUUCCAGAAAAUAAACAAGAACACACAUAAAUUUGGCUCUCACACACACACAUUUAAGUUCAAAUUUAUACAGGCGAGAGAUCCAGGAGUUUUCUUAUACAAAUAAAAUAACGAAGUAAAACAAAUCAAGUGCACAUUGCCAUGCAUAACACGUUCAUACGUCAAAAGAAAGGUACACAGAGGCAAAAACAUGAAUUAAAUAGGACGUCACUUUCGAGGCAGCACGUUCAAAGCUAUGAUACAAACCUUCUCGUAAGAAUGGUAAAAAAUAUUUAAACCAACAUAUGAUAAAAAGGUUUCACAUGUUUUACGAAACACAUCAUUUCUUUGCAGUGUAGUUUAUACGUCAGGUACUCCAAUGCAACAUACUCAAGGGUCACUCUUUGCUACUGAACCUUGGAUGUAUGUUAUUCUUUUAGUUUUUAGUUUUAACUCUUUCCCUAGGGAGGGUCUCCACACUGGGAGUUGUGUCUGGGCUGCUGCUGUCCCUGGGUCCCUUCGGCCCGACUGGCUGUUGUCUGUCAGGGUCGGGGGUUCUGGGCGCUGGUGCCCCUGUGGCACAGCCUGUGACUCCUCCCAGUGUGGAUGGCCCCAAAGAUGGCGCUUCAUCAAUCCUCAGUGUCAUGCCAUGUCUGCCUAUUGUCAUUAGGGAGAGUGUGCAGGUGUGUGUGUGUGUGCGUUUGUGUAAUUGUUUGUCUACAUUUCUAUUUUUCCUGUGUGUUUAAGCACUUUGUGUUGUAUGUCCAUGAAUGAAAAGUGCUCGAUAAAUUAUGUUUGAUAAUAAUCGAUUUUUCACUCAUAUGCCAAAGACUUGAACAUAAUUUUACUGUAAAAUACAAAUUGAGUGGAAACUGAACAGGCCUUGUUUAGGUCUGCUGCCUCCACUGUUCCCCCUCAUUGUAAGAUAAUGUGAUCAGCUUUUGCCCGAGCGUUGAGCUGUGCUGUGAAAUCUGCUUUGACCUCCACAGGUCUUAUCUGGAACAACUCCCCGUGUUGUGUAGAAUAUUAAACUCUUUAGAACCCAGAUCUCAGUGUUAUGAGUGCUGAGUGGACAUGUUUACUGCCCCCUUGGUGCCCGUGUUUAGAGCUGUAGUCGGUCUAAUGAUCGAGGUGGCAGGGCCCUGUCGUGUAUUAAAUGUUUUCAUGUUAAGUUGUUAAAUUACAUGUCUCACAUUUACAUAUUAAAUAACCGUCAUCUGACUUUGUAGAGCUGAAUUGUGAAAUUGCAGAGUCAUCUCCUUCAAAUUUGCAUAUUUGUGUAAAACCACAUUAAAAAACUGGACUUGUUGGUUUUCACUGCAGCUGACCCUCCUCUCAUAUUUGCCCCUCCGAACUCUGCUGAACUUUAAUCCAUCUGUGUUUACGGCUUUAAGCUGUCAGAUCAACAGCCCUCAUCAUCUCGGCGUGUUUGUGUUCACUGACUACAUGUUCAUAAAAAAGCUCAUGUGUUCUCACGCAAUCACUGGGUCUGACCAGAACUCCAUUCAAGUCUUCUGCUUCUAUUUUCUUCAUCUUUGUGUGUGUGUGUUUUUUUUCUGUUCCCUCACAGUGGAGCUGGCUAUGAUCAUGGACCGCCUGUACGGUGGAGUUUGCUACGCUGGCAUAGACACAGACCCUGAGCUGAAGUACCCCAAGGGAGCGGGGCGGGUCGCCUUCUCUAAUCAGCAGAGCUACAUUGCUGCUAUCAGUGCUCGCUUUGUACAGCUGCAACAUGGAGAAAUCGAUAAACGGGUGAGUGGGGAGAAAAGAGAGCUCAGUGUUUUUUGACCUCCCCUCCGGGUCCCCUUCUUUCUUCAUUUGUCUCCCCCCCUGCCUCACUUCCUGUGCUGCUUCCUUCACUUUCUCCUCUUCUUUGCCCCAUUUCUGAGCUAAAAGAGGGAGGUCUUUCUAGAGUGGAUUAAGGAGUGCCAAAUGCAGCCAUGUGUACAGAUUGUGAGUGUUUGGAUGCAGAAGAUGUGUAGGAGGGGAGCACAAUUUCAAACAUUUGUCAGUCAUGUAUACGCGCAGUUAAUGUAGCAACAAUUGUCCGGGGUUUUCUCACUUAUCUGGACUAAAUUAAGCCACAGUGUUUAAGAGAAAGUCACAUUUAAAUGAUCUUUAAACCAUGUGUGAGUUCCUGUGUUGAAACUAUAGCACAGAGGUGUUAGGUGUUAAACACUUGAAGUUAUCAGUGACUUCCCCGCUGCUUUCAUCAGCGAAGGAAUCGCACUUCCACAGUGGGCUGUAAUUGACUCAAACAUUAUUCAUAUUUGCACAAUAGAGGUGAGUAAGCAAGUAAAAGAGCAAAAAGCUGAGCAGAAAUAUCAAGUGAAGAGAAAACCAUCAUGAUAUAAAUUGCCAGAGUAAUAUGGCGCUGCUUUCUCAUUUGCAUAAUUGGUGUGCAAAUUUUGUAGACUGAGUGCCUUAGUGACAUUCACUCGCUAAUAGCCGAGUCUCUUAUUACUGAGUACUUGGAAAAGCAUGUGAGUGAUGUUCAGUACAGUCUGAGAAUAGAGUUUGAAACACACAAAUGUCAACAUUUGAAGUCACAUGUUGUUCUCUGACAGCUCACUGUGACGCUGCUUUAGGGAAUUACUACAGUCCGUGCAAACUUCUUCAACUUGUUCAAAAGAAAAAGUCUCUAAAUGUGAAACAGAAAGUGAAUGCAGCUCUAAACAAGUGUUUGGAGUGAGUCUUAAAAAUAGAGAACAGGUACACUAAACCGGACUAUGCGAGUCUUAACCCCAGACAGACUUGACACUUAAAGUCGCACUCCGAUCGUUUUUUUACCACUAAAAGUCUUAAUGGUCUUUAAAUUGUGAUUAUGAAGUUUUUGGCCAAAAUCAUGUUACCUGUGUCAUUUUUAAGGUCUUUUCUUCUGCAGAGCCCCAGUAGAUCAUCAGUAAUUCAACUCUGAGUCGUGGGCGGAGACAGCGCUGCUCUGCACACUCCUCUUCACGUUAGCUUGUAGCCUUACAUUGCCGAUGUAGUAGAAGUGGCAGGUAACAUAGGAGCUAUUCAGCUCUGGGACACUAAUGUCGUAAGGGACAUGAUGAAAGUUAAUAUCAUAAUUAGCUUUCUUAAUGCACACACUUGUUCCACAACAGUUCUCUCUAUUUCUCAGAGUCCGGCCCGCAUAGAGGGGCUGUGGGGGCGGAGCUUUGAUUUGUGACAUAGGAAAUCUCACUGUCUGAACCUGCCGUUUGGGUCUGCCAGAGUUUCACAGAGAUUUAAAUGCGGAAAUGCAAUUUGAUGAUAUGUCCUGUAGCAUCAGAAAAAGGCCAUUUGAACAUGUAGACAACAAGAAAAACAUGAUUUUCAUCAGAGUGGGUCUUUAAAGUUAAAACUGCAGGAGCACAUGUGCUCCUAAGUUUAAAAAGUAGGGAGCACACGAAGAGCACAAUGCACAUGAAAAUUGAUCAAAUAAUGUGUGUCUUAUUAUCUGACUUUAGUACUCUUAUUUGAAAUCAAUUUUAGGUCUUUUGGUCACAUGGCAUGAAGGCUAUUGAAGGAAAACAGCCUUUUUCUGAAAACAUCAACCGGUGAUUGAUUGACAGUCCCUUUUUCAACACCCGACAUUGACAGCGAGAAUGCGGGGUAGAUUUAACCGCUCUGCUGUUGUUAUUCCCGGUUAUGGAGAGUGAGAAGACACUGGUAGAUCUGCAGUGAAUGUCCGCCAGAUAUCCAACCUAAAACAAACUUCACACCGGUGUUUACAAGAAAAAACAUUUGUUGCCUUGGCUAAUUUUUAUGUGCACGUGCCCCUAAAUACAUUUCAUAAUUCACACACACCAAUUUUUAUUCACAAAUGCGAGUGAAAUGGUCGCACUGUCGAGCCCUGAACUACUAAUUUAAGAUAUCAUUUUAUCAGAAGAAGCUAUUCCUGUAAAAAUGCGGAGAAUAAAUUUGAUCAGACAAAGAUCAGUCUAAAAAGAAAAAGAACUCCUGAAGUGUAUUAAUUAUUUACACGAAACAGAACAUUUCAGAUUGAUAAUUCGACAUCAAAAAGAUCCAGCAGCGACUUGAAUGUCUAAACAAACUGCUUCACAGAAAGAGAAAUCAUAACUAAACAACCUUUUCUCAGUUCUAAUGGAUCACCGCUGUCAUUUCAUUGCAGGUGGAAGUGAAGCCAUACGUGCUGGAUGACCAGCUGUGCGAUGAGUGCCAGGGAACUCGCUGCGGCGGGAAGUUCGCGCCCUUCUUCUGCGCCAACGUCACCUGUCUGCAGUACUACUGCGAGUACUGCUGGGCGGCCAUCCACUCCAGAGCCGGACGAGAGUUUCACAAACCCCUGGUGAAGGAGGGAGGUGACAGACCCCGUCACAUCUCUUUCCGCUGGAACUGAGCGGCUGGCAGAGAGGGAGAGGCAACAGGGGAGAAGGAGGGCAGGUAGUGCAGGAGUCGCAAAUCAUUGUAAAAAAUAAAUGCACUUUUCUGUUGCUGGUUCCUUUUUGCUCUAAUUUCACUGAACCUUUUUUCUCAUUUUUUUAAGUUAAUAUAUAUAUCUAUAUUUUGAAGAUAGAAAAGAAAACUGGAAUUAUUUCCAAAUAUGUCCAGCAAGGAAAAAAAGAUGUGUAACAUAUUUUAUUUAUGUGUUUGAUUUUUGAAAUAUUUUUAUUAGUUUUCAAAAAAAAACAUAUAUAGGAAAGUUUGAGGUGUGAUAUGGUACUCUGCUAAUCAAUUGGCAUAUUUUUCUUAACUCUGUGUUUUGUUUUGAUUUUUGAUACGAGAAGCCCCCAGAAAAAAAAAACCACACUUCAUUUGACAUUUCUUUGACUUGUUUUGUAGCAGAGCUGUUUCUUUUCCUUUUCUACACCGUCUCCAGAGCAAAAGCUUAAAAAAAAGCGCCUCAUUUGCUUUUUUUUGUUAUGAGAGGUUUGAUUCGUUCUAUUCUUUUUUUAAUUGAAACACAAUAGGCUCCAGAGCAAAUGUGAAUUGAAAAAAGGUGUUGCUUAAGAAGAGUGCACUUAUUUCUAAUUUAGUGCAGAUCCAGAACAUGAGACCCUUAGUAGUUAACCAAAGCUGAAUCUCAACGUACUUUGAGGAGCAGAGAGGGCCCGCUGCAGAAAGAAAGAGAAAGAAAAACGGAUCCUUUUUCCUCCCUGAUCAAAAUGUUCGAACCUCUCUCUUUAUGAUUUCCCAGAUCAUACGAAUACUUUGACGUUACUUGAAAAAAAACCACGACAAAAUUUUCAGCAACACAUAUUUGGGUUUUGAUCUCCAUGAUGACAUGCAAAAACUAAUACCUCAGACUCAGCUGCUAAUGUGCCGAAUACAGUUUAAAAGAGAGAAAGAAAGAAAGACAGAAAGAAAGAAAAGAUUAUCACCCGCUGGUGUUCUCCUUUCCUUAGAACUCUAAUCAAAGGGAAGUGAUGCAACAAGCCGAGUGUGAUGUGACUGGCACAGUUUUGUACUCACUUGCUUCAUCACCUCCUUAUUUUUGUAAUCAAACCCAGGGUUGUGCCGGGGACAAAGAAGAGCAUCGUACAGUAUACAGCGUAUUAGGGGAAUGUAUGGUGUAAGGAGGCUAUAUGAGAAAGACAGGCGGACCGCUACAGAGAUAAACCCGGCCCCACUCCCCCCCCUCCUCAUGUCUGCCUGCGGCCUCCUGAUGCUAAGCUAGCAGCUAACAGAAGGCAAGGCCUUUUUUCAUGGAUCCAAACCUGCACACAGUGGGGCUUGGAUCCAGAUCUUUCAGGACUGAGGUGAAGGUAACUCCUCGAGAGCAGGCUGGUCAAGUAGCUGCCUUUUUUAUUGCAGUUUUUAUGGGAAAAUGCCUGUCUUUGAUAGUUUGUUUGUUUUAUUUUCUAGUGCAUUUGUGCAAUUCUCCCAAAUCUUGAAUGGAAAAGAGUUCUACUUCGCAUCUGAAAAUCAGCCACAUUCAACGAAAGAAGCAAUUAAAGUUUGUCUGCUUUUGGAAGUGUCAGCACACAUUUGAGUCACGGAGGGAUCUGCCCUUUCGGCGAACCCCCCUUCUAUCUUUUUCUCCUGCCAAGCUAAUCCAACUCAGCAUCCAGUGUUUUUGAAGCAUAAAUGAAGAUAGUCUCUGCAGUGUGCUCUACUACUGCACACAUGCAGUUUGCUCCUUUUUUCGAACAGUCGGUUGUACCCAGUGGUGUUUGGGAACCAAAGAUGGCUGUGCAGUAGUGGGUCAUACUGUAGCUCAUUUCUUAUUUAGGUUUUUACUUGUGUGUUCCUUUUUCUCAUUUCUUCAAGGACAUUUUUUAUACAUAUAUUUUUUAAGAUCUGUCACUUCUACCCAGUUUUGCUUAACUGUCAAGCCCAGUAAACCAAAGAUUGGCCUUGAACAUAAUAUAUUUAUAUAUACAUAUAUAUCUGACAGUGCAGUCAAAACCCAUUAAAACACAAAUGGAAAGAGAAUAGGGCUUGUAGGCACACACACACACACGCAUACACACACGUACGCACACACAAGGCCUCACACUCUCUAUAGCUCAAAAUGGAGGUGCGCGUCGGUAGCCACUAGUUCUCUUUAUCUCCGAUAGGUCUGUGCGUUAGGGACAAAUUCAACAACAUCAAGUGCACAUUCACAGCAAAAUUAAAAAACCCGAUCCUCACAUUUGUUUAACAUUUUCAGUCACUCAGUGGUUAACCUACUAGCCGAGCAUUUAAAUAUGUCAGGGAGUCAGUACAGAAACUUGAUAAUACACACACUAGUGAGAAACGUAUCCUCAUAUCGGCGGGUGUUGUCGCACCAGUUUUUGCACCCUGGACAUAAGUUUUGUGGGUGCGUUUGGGUGAGCAUUUUAAGAAGUUAAAACACUUUGUGAAGAAUUUGCUGUUAAAUGAGAUGAAAAAAAAAGAUUAUUUUAUACAUGGCCUGCUGAUUUUUGGUACAGUGUUUUCUAGCUAAAUUAUUUUGUCAUGCACAUAUAAACAUUUAUUAUGCACUACUUUUCUAAAUAUUUUUUCUUUUUCCAACAGUCAUUUUAGGCACAUUUUUCACAAAUGGGGAAACUCCUUUUUGCAAUACCUCAAUUUUUCACAUUGUGAAAGGUAGCUUUUGUACUUUUGUUACUGAGAGAUCUGCAUAUAUGGAAAUGUUCAUUUUAAGAAAAAAAAAGUUGAGUGAUUUCAAUAUAUAUUAUUUUCAAUUAUGCUUUUUAUACAUUUCAGUGCUGAGGAAACUUUACAACUAAGUGUGCACUUGUGUUGAUGCGACUUCAGAGCUGCAGAAGAGAGACCAAAGUGUAUCGCUCUCUUGGUCUUGGCUUCUCGUACACUCGAUGUUUCCAGUCAAUCUGGUCGAAUAACAGCAUGGCGAGAAUAAAAAGAAGAAAAUAAAAAUAAAAAACAAGUUGUUAAUUUGAAAAUCGAUGUUAAUGUCUCUAAACAUGGCUAUUCUAGUUGGAAAAUGGUAACUUCUGUCUCGGUUUCCUCUCCAUAGAUGGAGUAUAACUUAUUAUAAGGAGAAUGCAAAAUUCGGUUCAGGCGUAACGCUGAAUCUCAUAUCACAAGAAUGGAUGUUUGGUGUUUAGAUAUUUUAAUAUUUGAAAAAAAAAAAGUAUAUAUAUAUUCUUGAACUUGCCAACUAGCACCUAUUGUAAUCCUUAGCAUGCAUGACAUUAAAAGAGAAAAUGACAAGUACAUGAAUUAGCUAUUAAAAUUAAUUGUUGUGGUGUGCACCAAAUGUUUCUCAACUAUUAACUUGUUAAAGACGACCCCCCCCACCCCCACCCCCAAACCCAAUCUCACCUCACCUCACCUCACUUCACCUCCCUUCCCCUCCCCUCCCCCCACGUCACGUGAUGAUCUCCUUGCUUCCCCAUUCGCAGACCUCUGCAGGAUGCACAUGACAGAGAGCUAAGACAAGAAACAAGACACAAACUUUAAAAAUCGAUUCGGGCAGUGCAGGACUUUUGAGCAUCCUUAGAAACACUGUUUUUAAAAAGACUUGAGAACUCAUCCCCACUGUCUGUCGAGGUGAUCUUACAUAGACCUAUCUGGAGGAAGGGGAGCUUAAAGACUUGAAUGUGGUAAAUGUUGCAAGUUAACUUCAAGUUGUUAUGUGCAAUACUUCUUUUGAACCUUUUUCCAGAUAAAGACUCUUUGCAAUGUAAUUCUUUAAUGCCAUUUUUAAUUGCAGACAUUUAAUUAAAGAAGAUGUUAAUAUGUUUUUCACAGUCAUUUUCUACUGUUAUUGUAAUCCUUUUCAUGCUGGUGUUUGUAAAAAAGAAAAGAAAUCAAACUAUUUGUACUAAUAUAAAUAAUUGAAGUUAUUUUUAAAACAUUAAAGGUUUUGUGCUCAUUUGCUUAUUUUGUUUAUUUUAAGCUACUGUGAUUGAUUGCAUUGUAAUUAUUAGGUCAACAAUGUAUUUAGCUGUUUAUUGGUAUAUUUUUAAUUGGAAUGUAUAAUUGAUUUUUAUAAUUUUGAUCAGAUUUUUGUUAUAUUUUUGAGGUGAAGCUUUUAAUAUGUUAAAGUGUCUAGUUUUUACUAAUUGCUAUAUUGUGCUCCACAAUAUAUGGUUCACAUUUUCUGAAGGAAAAUAAAUAUUUAAAUAUUUGUCUGUUAAUGAUGUUACUUAAUGGCAAGAUUUCAAUAGUUUUUAACUGUGUAUGGGAAGGUUGUUGUAUUUAUUAAUAGCAUUUUUUACUUAAGAUAUCACACCUUAAUUUUUAUUGUCAUUUCACUUUAUAAGUUCCUAUUUUUGUAUUUUCCUUUCUAAUUAAGUUAUGUAAUACGGAUAUGUCCAUAUUUCUAGGAGUUGGUCUGUAGAAGUGCUAGUGAAACGAAAAAGAAAAAUCUAAUGUUAUUUAAUUGUUUGCAGCCAACUAUUUAUAACAGUAUGCAUAAUUUUUAAAUAUUUGUAAUGUGAAAUGUUGAAUGAAAUAAAUCUUAACUGUGAUGAAAAUA